AUGGCCAGUCCUGUCCGAAUCCAGUCAGACAGCGCUGUUCUCCAGCCACUGCACUCCACAGGCUUCACCGAGAGCUCGCUGGCCCUUCUUAAGCGAGAAGAUGGCUUGGAUAUGGUCGACCACAAACCCCGUCUUGACGUCUCGGACCGAGGACAUCCGGGAGUCUAUCUGUCCUGUUUUGACAUGCUGUUCACCGAGGAUGCUGCCUGGCUGGUGAGGGUGUCGGAUUCGUCCACAUCCACAGGCGUCGGGCCCAGACUGGAGCCGUGUCAGGAGCCGGAGCAGUGUCCGGUGAUCGACAGCCCCGGGCUGGGAGCCUCGCCGCUGUCUCCUACUCUGGAGGAACAGGUGGAGGAGCGAUCUUUAGAACAGGUGCAAAGCCUGGUAGUGGGAGAAGUUCUGAAGGACAUUGAGACCGCUUGCAAACUUCUCAACAUCACACCAGACCCGAUGGAGUGGAAUUGUGGGAACGUUCAGAAGUGGCUGUUGUGGACGGAGCAUCUCUACAGGCUCCCGCAGGUGGGAAAGGCCUUCCAAGAGCUGGAUGGCAAAGAUUUAUGCUCCAUGAGCGAGGAAGAUUUCCGACAGCGUUCACCACAGUGCAGCGAGACUUUACACGCACAUCUGGAUAUAUGGAAAUCAGCUGCCUGGAUGAAGGAAAGAUGUUCAGGUGGAGAGACCAGGAUGAGAGAAGGUGAAGAGCUGUGGUCUGAAGCUGAUUCGUCUUGUUCUGGUCAGCCGAUCCAUCUGUGGCAGUUCCUCAGAGAACUUCUGCUCAAACCUCACAGUUAUGGACGCUGCAUCCGCUGGCUGAAUAAAGAGAAAGGUGAGGACACAACAACUCUUCUGCAAAGUAAUGGCAAUAAUAGAUGCUGA